AUGAGUCUAAAAGAUAUUGAAAACGAAGCUCAUAAACUUUAUGAGGCGAGUGGGAAUAAGUUCAACGACAUUAUUGUUUUUAAUGAUGUUAUGUGUAAACAUGAGAAGUGGGCUUUAGAGUUAGAUCGUGACACAACACGUUCCCGUCCUGAAUGUGAAGUGGGUAAUGAAGAAAGUGGUGGUAGCUCGAAAAGAUCAAAGACUACUGAAAAAGGGGAGUUUUGUGUCCAUUCCAACCCAGAAACGCCAACUAGUGAUGAUUCAACGGUUAAACGUCCAACAUGCAGAGAUGCAGCAAAAAAAGGGAAAGGUAAGGCUUCUAACGAAAUUGUUACAGAACUUCAUGCAAUGAGUCUUGCUAGAGAAAGUGAACUUGAAGUCAUGAAAAAAAGAAUCGACUUGGAUAAAGAAAUGCAGCAACAAAGAAUCGACUUAGACAAGGAAAGGGAGCAAAAAACAGAUGAAAGGGAACUCGUCAAGAUGCAACUUGUGCAUUUGAACACAUUGCUACAAAAGGAGCAUUUAUCUCUUGAAGAAGAAAACAUGAAACACUUUUUAAUUUGGAAGUUGUAUGGAAACUAA